AUGUUCCGCAAUUCGCCAAAUUUUGAUAAAUUAUUAGGUACGUUUUUCUCGUUGUAUCGGGCGAACAAAAUGUCCGACUGUCGAAUUGUAUUUUGAAUUUUUUUUUUUUUCGUAGAAAAAGCGACAAGUCAUUACCAACUUGAGCCUGACUGGGUAGCGAUACUGCAGAUAUGUGAUUUAAUACGUCAAGGAGAUGUGCAGUAAGUUUAUUAUUACUUAAUGUGAAGCUAACCUCACUAUCUCGCAAUUAUGACAUUUCAGUUUCGAUGUGUGUACGUUUUACAUAUCUUUCAUAUUUUGUCAAAAUCGAAAUUUUUUUAUCUCUCUUGUAGAAAAUGUCAUUUGUUUAUUCGCAUUCUAUUGACAAUAAUUAUAUUGUAUCAUUAAGUAUAGGUUAGAAAUGAUAUGAAAUUUUUAAUUUCUUGUAUGUACAGACCCAAAAUAGCACUCGCAGCCAUUAAAAAGAAAAUGACAAAUGCAAAUCCACAUGUAGCUCUGUAUGCUUUAUUGGUGAGAAGAAAUAUUGUUUGAAAUUAUUUAGUCAUUGUGUAAAAUUGUUCAUAUGCAUUGUUUCUUAUAUAGGUUUUAGAAUCAUGCGUUAAAAAUUGUGGUACUCUUAUACAUGAUGAAAUUGGUACUAAGCAAUAUAUGGAACAACUUAAGGAAUUGGUAAAGACAACAACUCAUGAGAAUGUUAAACUUAAAACUUUGGAAUUGAUUCAAGCUUGGGCACACGCAUUUCGAAAUAGUCCUAAAUAUCGAGCAGUUCAAGAUACACUUAAUAUUAUGAAGGCAGAAGGACAUAAAUUCCCUACGUUAAAAGAAAGUGAUGCCAUGUUUAUUGCUGAUACAGCACCAGCAUGGGCAGAUGGAGAUGUAUGUCAUCGUUGUCGAGUAACAUUUGGAAUGGUACAAAGAAAACAUCAUUGUAGAGCAUGUGGUCAAGUAUUCUGUAAUCAGUGUUCAAGUAAAUCAACUACACUGCCUAAGUUUGGGAUUGAAAAGGAAGUUAGAGUUUGUGAAUCAUGCUACGGAAAAGUUAAUAAGUACCUCCUAGAAAAACAGAACGAGAACUGCAAGAAGAAGAAGAACUUAAUCUUGCUAUAGCUUUAAGUCAGAGCGAAGCAGAACAUCAAGAAAAAGAAAAGAAACGGGGAAAUCGUGUUGCAACAAAAGUAAAUCCACCUAGUACACGCGUUACAAGGACAUCUUCUCCACCACCAUCACCUCAAGAAGAGACGGAAGUUGAUCCCGAGCUCGCAAAAUAUUUGAAUCGUAAACGUUGGGAACUGAGACAGAGCGCAUUAGAAGAACAUAGUUCUAGAGCAGAUGUUACAAGUCCUUCUGCUCCUAAUAUAAGCAGUCCAAUGCCACAAAAAGUUAUAAUUGCUAAACAGCAAAAUGGAGAAGUUGACACUCAAAUGGAAGAAUUUGUUAACGCUUUACGAUCUCAAGUUGAAAUUUUUGUUAAUAGAAUGAAAAGUAAUUCGUCAAGAGGUAGAUCAAUUGCUAAUGAUAGUUCUGUGCAGACUUUGUUUUUAAAUAUUACCGCUAUGCAUUCGAGAUUAUUGAGAUAUAUUCAAGAACAAGACGAUAGUAGAGUAUACUAUGAAGGUCUUCAAGAUAAAUUAACACAAAUGAAAGAUGCUAGAGCUGCCUUGGACGCUUUACGAGAAGAACAUAGAGAAAAAUUACGGAGGCAAGCGGAAGAAGCUGAAAGACAAAGGCAAAUGUUGAUGGCUCAAAAAUUGGCAAUUAUGAGGAAGAAAAAACAGGAAUAUUUACAGUAUCAACGUCAACUUGCUUUACAAAAAAUUCAGGAGCAAGAAAGAGAAAUGCAAAUGAGACAAGAACAACAAAAGCAACAAUAUAUAAUGGGUGGAUAUCAAGCUGUCUCUGGUUUUAUUGGACCAUCUCAAGGUUCACCUGUUCGUCACGUUCAGUAUCAAACUCCAGGAACAAACUACAAUCCUAUGUCACCAACAAAUCAAGGAUUUAUAUAUGGACAACCUACUAUGAAGCAGUAUCCUAUACAAAGUUAUAAUAUGCCACCAAUGAAUUCUAUGCCGCCUCACGUAAUGGGGCCAAUAGCUAAUCAAGAGCAACAGCCAACUGAUCCCGUUCAGGGACAUGAAGCAAUGGGCCGAGUUUCUGUUUCUGGGCCAGGAAUGAUGUCUCAAAUUACAAAUCCCAUACUGCAACUUCAGCAGGCAGGUGGACAUCAGAUGGGACCACCACCACAAGGUCCUCCACCAAAUCAUAUGACACAAACGCAACCGACAACAGUACAUCUACCACCGCAACAGGGUACUUCACAAAUCACACAACCAGGACCACCAAACCAGAUGGGUAUACCUCAGGUACCUCAGGUACCUCAAACUCAUAUGGGCCCAUCACCUGCACAAAUAGGACCUGCAACACACAGUUCUCCUGGACAAGUCGGUUUACCACCACAAAUGGGACCUCAGCAACCAUCUACGAUGCCAGGCCCUCAGGGACCUUCGAUGCAGCCUCAUGUUUCAAAUACGCCUAUUUCGUCGCAAGGAUCAGGAACUAUCCAAGUACCUCCAGGAACUACGACUGGAACGAUGUUACCAUCAAAUCCGCCAAUGCAAGGUGCUCAAGGACCUGGUGUACCGGCAGUGCAAGUAAUGACCCAGGCGUCAGUAUCACAGGGACAACAAUUACAAUAUCAGCCGUCAACUUCUUUACCAGCUGUGUCAAAUGAACCCACACAAUUAAAGGAAGAAGUGAAGCCAGAAACAGCAGAAUUAAUUUCUUUUGAUUGA